UCCACCACGGGAAAGUUCCUCGCAGUUGGUGGAUAUGCUGGUAUCUAAAAUCUUGUCAUCAAGAACAUGGGUUUUGUUGGACGGCUUACGGCAAUGGAGACCUGCAUAUUCACCACAUAUACAGAUUUGCUUAUUGCAGCAGCAGGUUAAGAGCUGGCAGAGGAUUCUUUCCACAAGCUGUGCAAAGUGUGCAAAAAAUGAACGGCUGAAACAAAAAAGAGCAAUAUCAGAAAAGAAGCUGACCCGAUAUUUUGUAGAUCAUCGAAGAGUGUGUGUGAUUGGAGGCCGCGGAGGACAGGGUAUUAACUCUUUUCAUAGUGAGCCUAGAAAAGAGUUUGGAGGUCCUGAUGGUGGAAACGGAGGAGAUGGGGGCCAUGUUAUUUUGAAAGCUGACCAGCAAAUCAAAUCACUGGCUUCAGUCCUCCCAAUGUAUCGAGGUUUUGAUGGAGAAAGAGGGAGAAGCAAAAACUGUUACGGAGCCAAUGGUGGAUACACAUAUAUUAAAGUUCCUGUAGGCACUCUAGUUAAGGAGGAUGGGAAAAUUGUGUCUGAUCUUGCUCAGCAUGGCGAAGAAUAUGUUGCCGCUUAUGGAGGAACUGGAGGGAAGGGUAACCAGUUCUUUCUGUCCAAUGAGAAUCGAGCACCAAUGACAGCUACUCUAGGAGAAUCAGGUCAGGAAAGAGUCCUCUAUCUGGAGCUCAAGACUAUGGCACAUGCAGGGCUGGUGGGAUUCCCCAAUGCUGGGAAGUCAUCACUUUUGCGAGCAAUCUCCAAUGCAAAGCCUGCAGUGGCUCCCUACCCGUUCACAACCUUAAAUCCACAUGUAGGCAUUGUUCACUACCAAGACUAUGAACAAGUGGCAGUUGCUGAUGUUCCUGGUAUAAUAAGAGGAGCUCAUCUAAACAGGGGCCUUGGAUUGGCCUUUCUGAGGCACAUAGAACACUGCCGCUUUCUCUUAUUUGUGGUGGAUCUGUCUGUGUCUGAGCCAUGGAUUCAGCUCCAAGACUUAAAAUAUGAACUAGAGCAGUAUGAAGAAGGGUUGUCGAAGAGACCUCAUGCUGUCAUUGGGAAUAAGAUGGAUCUUCCUCAGUCCAAGGCUAACUUACUACUACUUAAGGAGCGAGUGGAGCAGAGAGUCAUCCCACUAUCUGCAUUGACAGGAGACAAUCUGGAGGAAUUAUUGUUGCACCUAAGAGAUUUGUAUGAUGCUUAUGUAAAUACUGAACAAUCACGUAGACAAAACCCAGUCAAAUGGUAGGAACCGGAGCUCCCGUGAACAAGACUUACUCAUAACCUGCUGAAUGGAGGAGGAAAACAACAUCAUUUAUCACAGGAUGUUCAACCUGUGGAACUCUUUACCAGAGGAUGUUUAUCAAGGCCAAGACUAUA